UGAGUACCCCCGGACUCGCCACCAUGAGCAGCACUUUAGCAAAGAUUGCAGAGAUCGAAGCUGAGAUGGCUCGGACUCAAAAGAACAAAGCCACAGCACAUCACCUAGGGCUGCUUAAGGCUCGCCUUGCUAAGCUUCGUAGAGAACUCAUUACACCAAAAGGUGGUGGUGGUGGUGGGCCAGGAGAAGGUUUUGAUGUGGCCAAGACAGGUGAUGCUCGAAUUGGGUUUGUGGGUUUUCCAUCUGUGGGGAAGUCAACACUGCUGAGUAACCUGGCAGGAGUGUAUUCUGAGGUGGCAGCCUAUGAGUUUACUACUCUGACUACUGUGCCUGGUGUCAUCAGAUACAAAGGUGCCAAGAUCCAGCUCCUAGAUCUCCCAGGUAUCAUUGAAGGGGCCAAGGACGGGAAAGGUAGAGGUCGUCAAGUCAUUGCAGUGGCCCGUACAUGUAAUUUGAUCCUGAUUGUUCUGGAUGUCUUGAAACCCUUGGGACACAAGAAGAUAAUUGAAAAUGAGCUGGAAGGCUUUGGAAUUCGCUUGAAUAGCAAACCUCCUAACAUAGGCUUUAAGAAGAAAGACAAAGGAGGCAUUAAUCUCACAGCCACUUGUCCUCAGAGUGAGCUAGAUGCUGAAACUGUGAAGAGCAUUCUUGCUGAAUACAAAAUUCAUAAUGCUGACGUAACUUUGCGUAGUGAUGCCACAGCUGACGACCUCAUUGAUGUGGUGGAAGGAAACAGAGUGUAUAUCCCUUGUAUCUAUGUAUUAAACAAGAUUGACCAGAUCUCUAUUGAGGAAUUGGACAUCAUCUAUAAGGUGCCACACUGUGUGCCCAUCUCUGCCCAUCACCGCUGGAAUUUUGAUGAUUUAUUGGAGAAGAUCUGGGACUAUCUGAAACUAGUGAGAAUCUAUACCAAACCCAAAGGGCAAUUACCAGAUUACACAUCUCCUGUGGUACUGCCUUACUCCAGGACCACAGUGGAGGAUUUCUGCAUGAAGAUUCACAAAAAUCUUAUCAAAGAAUUUAAAUACGCUCUGGUCUGGGGCCUCUCUGUGAAACACAAUCCUCAGAAAGUGGGUAAGGACCAUACAUUGGAGGACGAGGAUGUCAUUCAGAUUGUGAAGAAGUGAAACCUUUCCCUUCCCCCAUUUGUCAGGCCAACCACAGCCGCUUUCCCCAUGACCAAGCACCCUGCUUAAUUUCUUCUGUUUUUGGCAGCCGCUGGAUCAGGAUACGGGGCUGGGGAAAGGAGACGUCCAAACUGGAACUUCAUCUUACUUGGUAUUACCUUCUGUGUUGAACUGCAUAAAAGAUCCAGUAGGCCUG